CCGCAGCGCAUAGCCUACACAAUGGCUGCUGGAAAGAGGAGAAAGCAAACAAUUUUCAGGCCCCGCCGCGUCCAGCAAAAAAUAUGAGAAAAAAAUUUAUUAAAAUUCGGAAAAUAAGUGAAAGUCAAGGAAAACGCCCUAGAAAGGAUGUUAAAGCUCCAACGUGCCUGUCCUCUCUGUGGUGUUGAAAAUUCAGCCUCUGUCACCCUGUCAGUGAUCGGACACAUCUCUGGUGUCCGCUGCGUGCUAAGUCACCAUGGCCACAGUUACUCCCGACGAUGACUGCCCCAACCCGGCAGAGCACGAUCGAGUGAGGAAGAGGAGGCCUGAGGGGAAAGGGAGGAAAAACUUCCCGUGUCAGCUUUGCGAAAAGGCGUUCAACAGCGUGGAGAAGCUGAAGGUGCACUCCUACUCGCACACAGGCGAGAGGCCGUAUCGCUGCACACACACCGACUGCACCAAGGCCUUCGUCUCAAAGUACAAACUGCUACGCCACAUGGCCACCCACUCACCUGAGAAGACCCACAAGUGUAGCUACUGCGAGAAAAUGUUCCACCGCAAAGACCACCUCAAAAAUCACCUGCACACACAUGACCCUAACAAGGAGGCUUUCAGCUGUGCCGAGUGCGGCAAGAGCUACAACACCAAGCUGGGUUUCCGAAGGCACCAGGCUCUGCAUGCGGCACAUCGCGGUGACCUCACCUGCCAGGUGUGUCUGCGGCCAUAUCCCAGCACCACACUGCUGCUCGAGCACCUGCGUGCCCAUGCCGGAAAAAGCGCUACAGCUGCAGCCAAGGAAAAGCGGCAUCAGUGUGAGCACUGUGAGCGCCGAUUCUACACCCGCAAAGAUGUGCGGCGCCACCUAGUGGUGCACACGGGUCGCAAGGACUUUCUGUGCCAAUACUGUGCGCAGCGCUUCGGGCGCAAAGACCACCUAACUCGGCAUGUAAAAAAAAGCCACAGCCACGAGCCGCUGCGUGUGAAGGCGGAGCCGCUGGAGCCCUCAGAGCCACACGCCUACCUGUUUGGCCACGCCUCCUACUCUCCACCACCACCACCACUCCGUCCCGAGCUGGAGAGCUACCUUCUAGAGCUGCAGGCGGAGGAGGUGCCGAAGCUGAGUGCUGCUGCCACGACCUCUGGAGAAACACCUCCUUCUUUUGACUUCCUGUCUCCUCUGUUUAACUUCCUGCCCUAUGGGCAAGGGGCAGGGCCAGGCUUGGGGGUUUCCUACAGCCAGGAGGAGGGGCUCCCUGUGAUGACGCCUUCUCAGGACACUCCCGAUCCUCUUGGCCCAAUUCACACGCUUGCGCAUCCACACAUGCUUUCACAGACGCACGCUCUCACCACAAGUUACACACACUCGCCAAGCCUGAAUACAACCACCACCCUGCCUCGCUUUCACCAGGCCUUCCAGUGAUCCAAAACAUACACAUUAAGCUACCGUAGCAAUUACAUGCACCUACACACAUCAACUUGGCACUUAAAAUAAAUGCAAAAAACACACCAAGAUAACACUUAUUACUUAAAUCAGUGACACUUCUAAAAUGAUCACCUGCUCAUUUAAAUCUAUUUCAGUCUACAGUUUAUAAGUUAGCAAUAGAAGAUGUUGAACAUCUUGACAGCUGGCAUUCGAAACAAUCAGUCUGGUUUACGAACAUGUAUGUGCCUUGGUUUGCAGUGAAGUUUUGCUCUCAGACUCUGAGCACUGAGUGCAUAUAGCUUUCCCAUUUAGCACUUUCUAGAUGUUGAAGUUCCAUCAAAGCUAAACAUUGAGUUUUUUUCCUGAUAUUUUUAUUGAUCACUUUAUUUGUUGGCUCACAAGCAAAAGGGUACUGAAAUGCCAGCAUCUGAGUGACUAUACACAGCCAAAGGCAACCAAAACCCUCAGAGCCACAGUGUGGAAGGCUCAUCUUGUUUUGCCUUUUUUUUUUUCCCUUUAAAAUAAACUUUUUUAAAUGGCCGUUUGCCUUCAUGCUGCUGCUCGUUUUAAGGGCCUUAAACUUUACCAGUGCAGAUCUGCUUCACUAUACAAAGCAAUAAAGGGAAACAUGGACUGACUUUACAUAGACUAUCAUAUGUAGACACAAACAGCUCUUAAACACCCCUUUCAUAUUUUUCACCCCUCUGUUUGUCCUUUCAUUGCUUUUUCUUUUCUUUUUUGGUCCUGGACUUUAGACACCAACACAACCUUCAACCUCAUCUGCCAGAAUGCUGUCCAUUGCACUGAUUCUGAUUCUCAUCAAUUUUUAUAUAUAUAUAUAUAUAUAUAUAUAUAUAUAUAUAUAUAUAUAUAUAUAUAUAUAUAUAUAUAUAUAUAUAAUUCAGUUGUAUGGCUCUGUGCUGUUGCAUACGAAGCGCACACAGAAGCCCUGCAAAUAACAUACGCAGUCUGUGAAGAAGCUCUUUUGUGAAUAAGAUACAUUUCUAUGGAUAGUUUUGCGGACUCUAGACGUCUCCAGAGGCUGUAAAACACACCUACAUUUGGCACAGUCCUUUUCGCAAUCCCCCCCAGCCAAAACCCUGUACAGAUGUGUAUUUGUGGGUGGGGGUGUGGCAGGGACGACAGAGGUGCCUGCUGAGUGAAUGUUGGGGCUCAUGUUUAUUAUACAUUGGGAGCUGAAGGUUAUUGGAUGCUGGAAAGCCUCCAGGUUGGGCAUAUUUUUCAUACUAGCACUUUCUAUAGAAUCUGAUGCCUUGGUUUUUGUCAUGUUAUAAAUAUGUAUUUUAUGUUAAACAAUCUUUUGCAUCAAAUGUUUAGAUGUCAUAUAUAGCUUUUAGCAGAUUGUGUGUGAGUGUGUGUGUGUGUGUGUGUGUGUGUGUGUGUGUGUGUGUGUGUGUGUAUACAGUAUAUAUAUACAUACAUACAUGCACAGGAAGUAUAUAUGUAAAAUGCUAAGAGUGUGAUAUUUUUACAGGUACACGUCAUACAGUGUUUUUUGUAAAUGUCUUUUGUUUUUGCUUUAUUGCACAAAACGUCUGUGUCUCUCACUGAGAUUUUAUUGCGAAUGGUUUAUUCCACCCACACUUCUUCUUCUUCUUCUUCUUCUUUUUCAAAGCACUUCCAUUGUUUUCAAAGGGUUUUUAUAAAUAUAUUCCAAAAUCUGCAGUUUGUAAAUACUUCAGUAUUGAAAAAAGUGUAUAAAACUGGGAAGACCAGAAAGCCUCAAUAUUUUUAAGGUGUGAAAUAGCGAUGUCAUUCGAUGCUGCUGAGUGGCUGACGGAUUGUGCAGAAAAGCUGAUCGAAGUGCUCGGCUUCCGAGCGCGUUUUCAUUGGGAGACACAGACCUUUAGCAAUUCUCCUGUUCAAUGUCAGUGGUACCAUCCCGCAUUGUGUAUAUUUUGUGAGAGUGGAACCUUCUCUCGACUUGGAUAAUGCUGCUAAUGGACAUGGCAUAGCCCAUGAUGGCGCAACAGAACUUUUAGUGUCCCCCCUCCCCCCAUCCUUCUUUCAGAUCCAUGAAAUGUUUGAAGGAGUAUAGACGUGUGUACUGUCCGUGUCCUAUUUCCAUGUGUCAGUAAAGCGAUGUAGUUCUUAUCAAAGCUGAUUAGGAGCUGGAUGUUGCCUCAGCCGUGCUUCGAGGGAAAUGUCUUUGUAGAGCUGAACUCUGAGUGACCUUUUAAAGACAAGAAGAGAAGGAGGUUUUGUUCAAGAGAAGGCAUUCCAUCCAUUAUGGUGUUUUACAUGGUGUCCUUAUUGUUUUUAAUCACAUUUCUGUAAUGCCAUCCUGUGAUAGUGGCUUUUGCUAAUCAAUGUAUAUGUUACCAUAAUGUACUUUUACAAACUACUGUUGUAUGUGUAUAUCCCAAGACAGAUUGAUUCAUAAUUUGUGUGUGUGUGUGUGUGUGUGUGUGUGUGUGUGUGUGUGUGUGUGUGUGUGUGUGUGUGUGUGUGUGUGUGUUGAGAACUUGCUGCUGCAGCCUGUGUAUUCUUUUGUCUCCAGAUGACAUCAUCCAAAGAGAAAGUUAUUUAGCGGCUGGCUGGAGGAGCCAGUUGUUUGCUGUAGAAGGUGAAUGGCAAAGUGUGAAUGUGUGCGUGUUUUGUGUCUGAGAAAGAAAGCGUGUAUCUGUGUGCAUUCAGACGACCUUUGCUGCUAUGUGAGGAGAGGAGAGAUUUGGUCCAGUGUUAAUACAGUUCACAGUACUGAGAGCUCAAUAAACAUACCAGAAGGA